UGCAGCUAUUUCAAUUCGUAUGCAUGGAUGCAACUACCGACAUGGAUCUGGAAUUGUUCGAUGCCAAAAUACAAAAGAUAAGUGUUCUUGCUGGGGUCAAGCGAACCAAACCUAACGAAGAGGGACUACAGGGCAAUCCGUACACCAUUGUAUGCGUCUCCAAACAGAAUGAAGCCCCCCCAGAACUCAAUUCAACACAGACUGAAACCCCCCCUGACUCCGCAGUUGUUGACCCUGCACCACUUGAAACUUCUGCUGAGCCAUCGAUCCUUUCAAAGAGGAAACUGAGCUUGAAGCCCCUUAGUGAACUACCAGCUGCAACUCCUUCCUCAUCUGCGAAUACUGCUGCGCACAAGGACAAUGUUGCGGAACAGCCACUUGCAAACCUACGCCCCAAAAAGCACAAGCCCAGCACUACUUAGUGUGCAGGUUGCACACAUUUUUUGCUAUGGUGGAUUCGCGAGUGCAUUCUUCUAACGGGGAUUAUAUAUGACUAUGCACAACCUACAUUCUUCCUAUGCCACCUUUUUUGCUGUCCAGCACGAUGUAUAAUUAGCGGAAAGUCGUAGUACUCACGGCAUUUUACUUGCCGCUUAAUUACCCAUAUGUGUGUGAAUGCUCCCUGUAUUAUAUCUUCAGCUACUUUUGCGUGUAUGUUAAUAUUAAUAAGCAACACAUCUUGUAAAUGUUAAGCACCUUGGCUUGCCAGUUGUUGGGAAUGUAUAUAUGCCUGUCUUUGUAUUUCACAAACACUUUUUU